AUGUCUCUUUUGGAACAGCAGCUCUCUGCCAUUGCACAGAAUACCCAGACUGUGGCACUGGAUAGAAAGAAGAGGUCGAGAAUCCAUUCUGUAUCUUUCAUUUAUAGUUCACAGGAGGCUGCCACUCAAGAUUACGAGACAAUCUAUUAUGAAGCACUCGAGGCCCUUAAUCGUUUGGAACAAAUCGACAAGCGAUUUGGGAAAUUCAAGCUGUCAAUUUUCAGUGAGACAUCGAUAGGUAUUGAUAGACAGGUUCAAUCUCAACAGCAAAAUGAAAACCUUGACAAGACAAUAGAUGCUUUUCUAUCUUUGGUUGCACCUUACUGGCAUCUGGCCAUUGCUCUUAGGGCCUCCGAGUGGCUGCUAAGAAGAUUUCAGAUUAAUUACCAUAACGCGGAGCAUCUUCUCUUGACUACACUUCCAUAUUACAAAGAGCCUGUGUUUGAGAGAGUAUUAUACGUUUUGCCAAAAAUGCCAUUGUUGUUCCAAUGGCUUUCUGCAUUUAAAAAGGCAAAUAACAAGCUACCGUCAAGAAACAGUAUUAUCAAGGCAUUCACAGAUACUGACUUUUACAAUUUGUACUCCAAAUUUCUUGCCGAAGAAAUUGCAAAGAAUAAUCAAUAUCGGUUGCAACUUGUUUUCUUUGUCAGCAUGACCAUUUCUGCGCUCGCUGCCUUAUCAUCUGAGAACUCAGUAAAGUUGGUUGAUUUUGUUCCCCACGUACUCACUAUUUGCGGGUCUCUGCUUGUGUCGCAAGACCAGGACUCGAAAGUUAGUGGUUACACCAUCAUGACAGUGUUAUCGUCUGCAGUUCCUCUUUCGAAGGACGUUCUCAUGGCAUCCAUUGAAACCAUUCUCAUUCACGCUCAGUUCGACAAUAAUAGACCACAGACACAGGCAUUUACCAGCAUCCUCAAACUAUAUCAGGCAGUGCAUACCGAUCCAUUAGACUCGCUUCCUCUUCCUAUCUUCAAUCGGAUACCUGAGUUUCUUGACGAGGAAUCCCCUUAUUUUGGACUCAUACAUCGGUCUCAAGACACCAAAUUUGUGUGUUCUUAUUUGAUAACAUUAAUACUCAACCAAAAGCUAGACGAUAGAGCUGCAAUCGCCAGUUGCCACUUCGCCUUCAAUUUCGAGCAGACCCAAGCCUUGUGCAGGGCAAUUUUUGAUAACUUGAAUGUUCAAGACACAUCUGUCUAUACUAACAUCUUGAAACACAUCAAGAACCAAUCUCCAGAGUGGUUCGGUAGACUUUUGGAUGCGAAUGAGGUCAGCAUUGAUCAACUAGAAAUGUCCCUCCAGACAACUUUUUCUGAACCUCAGGACACUGAUGAGCAAGAAACGAUUGAUGAAAACAACGGAACUGUCUACUUGGACGAAGCUUUGGAAAAUGUGAAAAGUUCUUUUGCGUCCUACAUGCAAUGUGAUGCUCAAAUCGAUACGGAGUUCUCUCUGUUACUAAAACACUAUAUGAAAUCCAUGCUCAAUGGUUCCACCAGCUCUUUCCUUUCUUCGUGUUUCAAAGACACACAUUCCCUGAUUACCUUUCUUCUACGCGUGUCUUUGUUGCAGAACAUUCCACUCAAGGCAAGAACAUACGCACUCAAAUUAGUCUGUGCUCAAAUUCAAGCAUUGGACGCAAAAUACAGUGUUUACAUUCUGGUCCCUAUUCUAUCUGCACUUCUGCUUGACACAAAUAGACUUAUCCGCUCCAAUGCAUUGGAGGUUUUGAAACAGGAGAAUUUGAGAUCUGCUGGAAAGGAGUCCAUUUUGGAGACAACUUUGUAUGGUGAUUCAACCAAGAAUAUUUCUAUGGUGUCUCCAAAAGUCGGACAUACACUUGUCGAAAAUAUUAUUGAGAAAGCCACCGACAUAAGCACGACUGCGGAUCAAUUUGAAAAGCUGUUUGUGUCUUUAGUUUGUGAUAAAAAGUCGGGAACAAUCAUCUUAGCAUUUUUUGCCUCGCAUGCAAACAUCAUCAUGUUACCGGCUCCAAAACUCCAUUUGAUCAGAUUGGUCACUGACGCCGCGAGAGCAAUCAAAGGAGCCUUGCCUCCGUCCCAAAUCUUGGAGAAAAUUUUGGAGUCGUUCGUUAGCGAGAGAGAGGUUUGGAGAUCGAGAUGUAUUUCUUCAGGUGUUGAUUACGUGGGUUUUGAGAAUCAGAUCGUUCACAUCGUUUCAGAAAAAGAGCACCACGACACUGCCAUCAAAUUUAUUGUGGAAGCUCUGAACUGCUCUUCUGAGUCAUUGUCGAAUGCAGCUGCCAAAAGACUUGUCGAAUUGUUUCCGACGCUCAAAUUCGAGCAUCAGAUCGGUAUCGUCAAAAGCAUAAUUGACACAGGAUUAUCGGAAGACGAUACUACUAUUUGUUACGAUACCGUUGAGUUACUGAAAUCGCUAACUUUGUCAAACAAGCUGUUCGUGCAAAUCCUGAAAGACUCGUCUCUCAGCGAUUCGUCCGAACAGCAGUCAAAUGUUCCUAAAAGAAGAAGAAGAUCUUCUGCAUCAACUCGUCAAGCAAUGAAGGAACAAGAAGUUUCCUUCAUGGCCUCUACACAUUUGAAGAAAUUGACAAUGAUACUGGACGUGCUAGAGAAAGAAAGCAGGGAAAACUUCAAAGGCUCAUUCGAGUUGUUAAAAUUGCUGUUCGAUAUCCUUGAUGAUUUGGAGACUUUGGGAACCGACGGAAAACUGCCAAUAUUAUAUUCUGAGGAGACACUAGCUUCCUGCAUGAAUAAUGUGAUCAAGUCUCUUGAACGGUCGCAAAUAAAGAGCAAAGAGAUCACCUCGAUUCGUGCAGACAUUGUUGUCUCAGCAAUCAGGUCUUCAAGCUCGCCACAGGUCCAAAACAAAUUGCUUCUGGUCGUUGCUGCGCUGGCAACAUUCUCUCCAGAGCUGAUAUUGCAUUCUGUGAUGCCGAUAUUCACCUUUAUGGGAGCACAUACAAUUAGGCAGGACGACGAGUUUUCUUUUCAUGUUGUUGAACAAACGAUAUUGUGCGUGGUCCCAGCUUUAGCAGAAGCCACUACUUCAGAUAUGGUGGAAGAAGUGGAAUUUCUGCUCACUUCAUUUGUGAGUGCUUUCCAGCAUAUCCCUCGUCACAGAAGAGCUAGGCUGUUCACAACGUUAGCCAGAACAUUGGGUAGCUCGAGUUCAAUUCACCUGAUUUUGUUCUUGUGCGGUCAGCAAUAUGCGAAUGCCUACGCCAAACACAAAAUGGGGGACUGUUCUGCGCUAACAGACUUUUCAUGUUCGUUCUUGCAAAAUUUCAAGGUCGAAGAACAGUUAGAAGCCGUUCAGCAGUUCCUAGAUCUAUGGAAAAAGGUUCCCGAAGAGCCGCUGGACAAGGAGUCGCCUGAAUUCAUGGAGCUAAGCUCAAGGGUCAUAUUCGGACCCGCACUUGUGGCAUUAAACAAAUCGGAGUUAUUCAACUUGAGAAAAUGCCUGCUCUCCUUUUUGAGACAUACCAUUUCUGAUGCUAAGGACAUCAAUGGUAUAUCCAGAUUGAGACUGAAGAUAGCGUCCGCUUGUCUUCAAGGAGGCGAUCCUCGGCCACUGCUAAACUGUUUUGCCAAGUUGGUGCAGGAUGUGCUUGAGAUUAUCGACUCGCGUCAGCAGGAAAUUGAAGAAGAGGAGAUAAUGCACAAACUCUACAAGCUUCUAAAUGAUAUUUUGAGUCUACUUCCUAUUGAGCAUUUCGUGGAGUCCAUCUCCAGCAUUUUGUCUUCCCCACAUGCUUCAUUGAAAACCUUGAUUCACAUCACCUCUCUUACGGCAUUCAAAUUCAAUUCUGAGCACGUCGAAGAUCCCAAUGCUCAUGAAGGAAUUGUUCAUCUACUGCCUAUUCUUUUGGACAUGAUAAGCUCUCAAAGGGAUGUUGAACUCUCACAGACGUCACUAGAUACGCUCGCUAGUCUGUUCCAAAAAUACACCAUUCACAUCGACUCGUCACUGUAUCUGAAGGCAUUGAAUGUUGUUACGUCCCCUGCCGGUCUGCUCAAUGGCGCCCCGGAAAUUGUGGUCUCGUCAAUCAACUGCAUCACGAAUGUGAUCAGCGUCAUUGGUGUUAAGGUGAUUGGCUACUUCACGAAAAUCCUUCCUCCACUGUUUGACAUCUUUGAGAGAACAGACGAAACUGCGGCUCCAUUAGUUCAGACUGCAAUGCUUGUUCUCUUUACCAGUCUCGUCAAAAAGAUGCCAUCGUUUGUCACUCCCAAUUUGGCAGACAUGGUAAAAAUCGUUCUGCGCUCGUCUCAGGUUUCAGACUCUGUGCGUACGUCUGUUCUGACGGUAAUGGUGGAUCAUAUGGAUGGUAAAACCUUGUUACUCACAUUCUGUUCUCUUUGGAAGUUUGUCUCCAAGCUUGACGUGAUUGCAAUCGGCCUUCAUCUGUCUGCUCUAGAGAUGGUGAUAGAGAAAAUUGACAAGAAAACUGCAGUCAGCAAUUCGGGUGCAUUCGUGAAAUUCCUCUUGCUGGCACUCGAAUACAGAGCAGACACUGACCUGGAAAUCAACACGGUGAAUAGAAUCGAGGCCUCAGUUCACAAGUGUGGUUUGCAGUUUGUGCUCAAAUUGAACGACAAAACCUUCAGGCCGUUAUUCGCCUCGAUCGUUAGGUGGGCGUUUGACGGUGAGGAGGUCACCACUUCCAUCACCGAGACAGACCGACUUCUUGCGUUCUUCAAGCUCUUCAACAAGUUGCAGGAGAACCUCAAGUCUAUUAUCACUUCCUACUACUCAUACUUGGUGGAUUCUGUUGAAUCGCUGCUAUACAAAUUGCAGAAGAGUGACCAGACCAGUUUGAAGAGAUUGAUCUUACUCUCGUUGGCAUCAUCAUUUAAGUAUGACCAGGAUGAGUACUGGCAUUCAGAUACAAGAUUCACGCCGAUUUCAGCAGCUCUGUGCUCUCAAUUCAGCACGAUCGAAGACUCUAUUGGUAAGUACCUUGUUAGAGCCGUCACGAGCCUCGUGCAAGCGACGAGCUCCUCGGAUGAGCACAACAAGGCUAUCAAUAGCUUGCUUCUGAGCCAUAUGAAGGCCACUUGUAAGCCUAAGGAGAAACUCUGGGCUGUAAGAACACUGAAAAAUAUCUAUAAGAAAGUUGGAGAGAGCUGGCUUGGGCUGCUUCCUCAAUUGGUUCCAAUUGUGGCCGAACUAUUGGAAGAUGAUGAUGAAGAAGUAGAGAUGGAAGUGCGGACUGGUCUUGUGAAGGUUCUAGAGCAGACCAUGGGAGAGCCUUUAGACAGAUAUCUCGACUAA